AUGGAACGAGCACAACUUGCUCGAGCUAUGAAGGAGUACUCCAUACCAACUAUUUCCAACACUCCAUCAUGUAUUGUAGUACUAGAAGUCAAAGCAAAUUCAUUUGGACUCAAGUCCGGAAUGAUUCACUUGUUAUCAUCUUUCUAUGGCAAGUCGAACGAAGAUCCUAACAUGCAUAUUCAGGAAUUUUUCGACAUUUGUGACACCAUCAAGAUCCUAAAUGUCUUUGAUGAAGUGGUUAGGCUGAAAUUGUUCCCAUUUUUAUUAAAGGAUAGAGCCAAAACUUGGCUUCACUCACUGCUAGCUAAAUCCAUUAAUUCAUGGGAGGGAUUAGCACAAAAAUUUAUCCAAAAAUUCUUUCCUACGCAGAAAAUGAAUAAGCUUAGAAGACAUAUGAUGUGUUUUACUCAAGGAGAACAAGAGCCAUUCUAUGAAGCUUGGGAAAGAUUAGAGAGUUGCUGCAAAGAUGUAGAUGCACUUCUUUUAUGA